AUGAGCAAUUUGUCUGGGAGUUCUACUGGAAUUUCAAUUCACGGAGGAAGAAGCCGUUUUGUAGGUGUGCCUAAGAGAUGUUGGUGUGGUAUUGAGAUUGUGUCUCUGAUUUCGAAAUCAACAACCAAUCCUUAUAGGCGUUAUUUUCGGUGUUCUUUCGCAGUAGCAGAGAAGCUUCGUAAUGAUGAUCACACUUACAAGUGGGUUGAUGAGGGUUUGCUAGAUGAAAUUGAAGGAUUAUCAACUCGCAUUCUGAACCUUGAAGCUUCUGUUAAUCGUCUUAAAGAAGAUAGGAUUGUUCUUGAAAAUAUGAUACAUGAAAAGGUUGCAAUGAUGGCUGAAGCAGAUAUCAGUAAUCGUUUGCAAGAAGUUGUGGUUGAAGCCAAAUCUAAAGUUACUACUUUUAUGUUAUGUUUCGAAUAG